AUGGUUGAUUUGGAGAGCGAAGUGCCUCCUCUGCCUCCCAGGUACAGGUUUCGGGAUCUGCUGCUAGGGGACCAAGGAUGGCAGAACGACGACAGGGUACAAGUUGAAUUCUAUAUGAAUGAAAACACAUUUAAAGAAAGACUAAAGUUAUUUUUUAUCAAAAACCAGAGAUCAAGUCUAAGAAUUCGUCUAUUCAAUUUUUCUCUCAAAUUACUAAGCUGUUUAUUAUACAUAAUCCGAGUGCUACUAGAAAACCCUUCACAAGGAAAUGAAUGGUCUCAUAUCUUUUGGGUGAACAGAAGUCUACCUUUAUGGGGCUUACAGGUUUCAGUGGCAUUGAUAAGUCUAUUUGAAACAAUACUACUUGGUUAUCUCAGCUAUAAGGGAAACAUCUGGGAACAGAUUUUACGAAUACCCUUCAUCUUGGAAAUAAUUAAUGCGGUUCCCUUCAUUAUCUCAAUCUUCUGGCCCUCCUUAAGGAAUCUAUUUGUCCCGGUCUUUCUAAACUGUUGGCUUGCCAAACAUGCCUUGGAAAAUAUGAUUAAUGAUUUGCACAGAGCCAUUCAGCGUACACAGUCUGCAAUGUUUAAUCAAGUUUUGAUUUUAAUAUCUACAUUACUAUGCCUUAUCUUCACCUGCAUUUGUGGAAUCCAACAUCUGGAACGGAUAGGAAAGAAGCUGAACCUCUUUGACUCCCUUUAUUUCUGCAUUGUGACAUUUUCUACUGUGGGCUUUGGGGAUGUCACGCCUGAAACCUGGUCCUCCAAGCUUUUUGUCGUUGCCAUGAUCUGUGUUGCUCUUGUGGUUCUACCCAUACAGUUUGAACAACUGGCCUAUUUGUGGAUGGAGAGACAAAAGUCAGGUGGAAACUAUAGUCGACAUAGAGCUCAAACUGAGAAGCAUGUUGUUCUGUGUGUCAGUUCACUGAAGAUUGAUUUACUUAUGGACUUUUUAAAUGAAUUCUAUGCUCAUCCAAGACUUCAGGAUUAUUAUGUGGUGAUUUUGUGUCCUACUGAAAUGGAUGUGCAAGUUCGGAGGGUACUGCAGAUUCCAAUGUGGUCACAAAGAGUUAUCUACCUUCAAGGCUCAGCCCUUAAAGAUCAGGAUCUGCUGAGAGCAAAGAUGGAUGAUGCUGAGGCCUGUUUUAUUCUGAGCAGCCGUUGUGAAGUGGAUAGGACAUCAUCUGACCACCAAACAAUUUUGAGAGCAUGGGCUGUAAAAGAUUUUGCUCCAAAUUGCCCUUUGUAUGUCCAGAUAUUGAAGCCUGAAAAUAAAUUUCAUAUCAAAUUUGCUGAUCAUGUUGUUUGUGAAGAAGAGUUUAAAUACGCCAUGUUAGCUUUAAACUGUAUAUGCCCAGCAACUUCUACACUUAUUACACUUCUGGUUCAUACCUCUAGAGGGCAAGAAGGCCAGCAGUCGCCAGAACAGUGGCAGAAGAUGUACGGUAGAUGCUCUGGCAAUGAAGUCUACCACAUUGUUCUGGAAGAAAGUACAUUUUUUGCUGAAUACGAAGGAAAGAGUUUUACAUAUGCCUCUUUUCAUGCACACAAAAAGUUUGGCGUCUGCUUGAUUGGUGUUCGGAGGGAGGAUAAUAAAAACAUUUUGCUGAAUCCAGGUCCUCGAUAUAUUAUGAAUGCUACAGAUAUAUGUUUUUAUAUUAAUAUUACCAAAGAAGAGAAUUCAGCAUUUAAAAACCAAGACCAGCAGAAAAAAAGCAAUGUAUCAAGGUCAUUUUAUCAUGGACCUUCUCGACUACCUGUACAUAGCAUAAUUGCCAGCAUGGGUACGGUGGCUAUAGACUUGCAAGACACAAGCUGCAGAUCAACAAGUGGCCCCACCCUGUCUCUUCCUACAGAGGGAAGCAGAGAAAUCAGAAGACCUAGCAUUGCCCCUGUUUUAGAGGUUGCAGAUACAUCAUCUAUUCAAACAUGUGAUCUUCUAAGUGAUCAAUCAGAAGAUGAAACUACACCAGAUGAAGAAGUUUCCUCAAACUUAGAAUAUGCUAAAGGCUACCCACCUUACUCUCCAUAUAUAGGAAGUUCACCCACUUUUUGUCAUCUCCUUCAUGAAAAAGUGCCAUUUUGCUGCUUAAGACUAGACAAGAGUUGCCAGCAUAACUACUAUGAGGACGCAAAAGCCUAUGGAUUCAAAAAUAAGCUAAUUAUAGUUGCAGCUGAAACAGCUGGAAAUGGAUUGUAUAAUUUUAUUGUUCCUCUCAGGGCAUAUUAUAGACCAAAGAAAGAACUUAAUCCCAUAGUACUGCUAUUGGAUAACCCGCCAGAUAUGCAUUUUCUGGAUGCAAUCUGUUGGUUUCCAAUGGUUUACUACAUGGUGGGCUCUAUUGACAACCUAGAUGAUUUACUCAGGUGUGGAGUGACUUUCGCUGCCAACAUGGUGGUUGUGGACAAAGAGAGCACCAUGAGUGCCGAGGAAGACUACAUGGCAGAUGCCAAAACGAUUGUAAAUGUGCAGACCCUUUUCAGGUUGUUUUCCAGUCUCAGUAUUAUCACAGAGCUUACUCACCCAGCCAACAUGAGAUUCAUGCAAUUCAGAGCCAAAGACUGUUACUCUCUUGCUCUUUCAAAACUGGAAAAGAAAGAACGAGAGAAGGGUUCUAAUUUGGCCUUUAUGUUUCGACUGCCUUUUGCUGCUGGGAGGGUGUUCAGCAUCAGUAUGUUGGACACACUUCUGUACCAGUCAUUUGUAAAGGAUUAUAUGAUUUCUAUCACCAGACUUCUGUUGGGAUUGGACACUACACCAGGAUCAGGGUUUCUUUGUUCCAUGAAAAUCACUGAGGAUGACCUAUGGAUCAGAACUUAUGCCAGACUUUACCAGAAGUUGUGCUCUUCUACUGGGGACGUUCCCAUUGGGAUCUACAGGACUGAGUCCCAGAAACUUACUACAUCUGAGUCUCAAAUAUCGAUUAGUGUAGAAGAGUGGGAAGACACUAAAGACUCCAAAGAACAAGGUCAUCACCGAAGCAACCACCGCAACUCAACAUCCAGUGACCAGUCAGACCAUCCCUUGCUACGGAGAAAGAGCAUGCAGUGGGCCCGAAGACUGAGCAGAAAAGGUCCAAAACACUCUGGUAAAACAGCUGAGAAAAUAACCCAGCAGCGGCUGAACCUCUACAGGAGGUCAGAAAGACAAGAGCUUGCUGAACUUGUGAAUAAUAGAAUGAAACACUUGGGUCUUUCUACAGCAGGAUAUGAUGAAAUGAAUGAUCAUCAAAGUACCCUCUCCUACAUCCUGAUUAACCCGUCUCCAGAUACCAGACUAGAGCUGAAUGAUGUUGUAUACUUAAUCCGACCAGAUCCACUGGCGUACCUUCCAAACAGUGAACCCAGUCGAAAAAACAGCAUCUGCAAUACCACAGGUCAAGACUCUCGGGAAGAAACUCAACUUUGAUAAAAAAAAAAAAAAGAGACCUUUUUUUUCC